AUGACAGCGGUUGACUGGUCACCCAAUGCAAGGAAACUAGACCAUUUUCGUGAUUUGGAGAUAGAGAAGCCAGUUGAACAUGGAGAAGUUGAUGUACUGAUUGGAAGUGAUUAUUAUGAUGAACUUCUUCUACCACUUGAAUAUCGCACAGGAAAGCGAGGGGAGCCUGUAGGGAUAAAGACACCACUUGGAUGGACAAUUGUUGGACAUGUCUCAGAAAUAGCAGACGAGGGUAAUAUUGCUAACCAUGUCUACACAUUCCAUGCAACCUUUACUCCGCAAAUGAGGACCGAUGAGUUGAUGCGGAAGACGUGGGAUGAAGAAUUGCUGGGAAUCACUAACCAAAACAAGCCUUUGACUGCAGAAGAGGUGCUUGCUACUCGCAAGGUGGCAGAGUCGAGGUGUUACGCCGAGGGACGUUAUGAGGUGGCAAUACCAUUGCAAGACGAUGAACCGCCGUUGUAUUGCAACAGGAAUACCGCUGAGGACCGGCUCUACUCUCUUGAGAAGCACUUACAACGAAGGCCAGACGUUGCAGAGAAAUAUUGUCAUGUGAUGGAAGCAAAUGAAGCCAAGGGUUACAUCAGGAAACUGGAGCCAGGAGAAAUUGAUGAUGGCCCAAGUUGGUACCUACCUCAUUUUCCCGUGGUAAGAGAAGAUAAAGAGACUACCAAAGUGAGGAUAGUGUACGAUUCAGCGGCCAGAUACGGCGGAGUAAGCCUUAAUGAUACCAUGUUGGCUGGACCAAAACUGCAGCAACGUGCUGUUGCGUUUCCGCAGUAA